AUGCCUAUAACCGCACCAGGAGUGUUACUAGCCAAGACUAUGACCAGGACGGACGCAGCGCAAGCCACGUUAAUAUUCGCGAUGAUCAACAAUGAGUAUCUUGAGAACGUCGACUCCACCCUUGUGAGCUCGGUCACUGUUUUCAUCAACCAGAAGUGA